CUCUCAGUAGAUCAUUACAUUACAUUAAACAUUAAACAACAGGUAAAACAUGGGAUUAAAACAACAACACCGUAUUCAAUUACAUUUCAUUAUAAUAUUUUCAGACAGGCUCAUGUGCAGACAGCUCAGUGAGCGGUGGGGUCCUCAGACUGUGUGCAGUAAACGGGCUUCUUUGUGAGGACAGUGGAUUUUUUAUAACUUCAUCUGAGUCUCUGGAGCUGAAAUAAACAGAGAUGGAGCUGGCCUAUGUGUGUGACUGGGAGAAGCGUCCUCAGAGCUCUCACUGCCCCUCCAUCCCUCUCGUCUGCUCCUGGAGCUGCAGGAACCUGCUGGCCUUCAGCACCGACCUGAAGGGCGAGGACGAGGACAAAGAAGUUAGUCACAUGAUCCACAUCAUCGACACGGAGCAUCCCUGGGACGUUUACUCCAUCAACUCGGGACACACCGAGGUCAUUUCCUGUUUGGAAUGGGACCAAUCAGGCUCAAAGCUGCUGUCUGCAGAUGGCGACGGGCAGAUUAAGUGCUGGGCGAUGUCGGAGCACCUGGUGAACAGCUGGGAGUGUCUGCACUGCAGCUCUCUGGACGGGGAUCCCAUCGUGGCCCUUAGCUGGCUGCACAACGGGGUCAAACUGGCCCUCCACGUCGAGAUGUCCGGCUCCACUAACUUCGGGGAGAAGUUUUCCCGGGUGAAGUUCUCGCCGUCGCUGACCCUGUUUGGCGGGAAGCCGAUGGAGGGCUGGCUGGCGGUGACGGUGAGCGGGCUGGUCACCGUGUCGCUGCUGAAGCCAGGCGGCGCUCUGCUGACGGCCAGCGAGAGCCUCUGCCGGCUAAGGGGCCGCGUGGCGCUGGCCGACAUCGCCUUCACCGGGGGUGGCAACAUCGUGGUGGCAGCGACCGACGGCAGCAGCUCGUCCCCAGUCCAGUUCUACAAGGUGGUGGUGAGUGUGGUGAGUGAGAAGUGCCGCAUCGACACGGAGCUGCUGCCCUCUCUGUUCCUGCGCUGCACCACCGACCCACUGAGGAGGGAGAAGUACCCCACCGUCACACACCUGAAGUUCCUCACCCGAGAGAACUCUGAGCAGGUGCUGCUGUGUGCGUCUCAUCAGAGCGGCAGCAUUGUGGAGUGUUGGUCUCUGAGGAAGGAGGGACUUCCUGUCAACAACAUCUUCCAGCACCGCUCACCUGUUGUGGGGGAGAAGCAGCCCACCAUCCUGAAGUGGAGGAUCCUGACGACCACCAGCGACCUGGAGAGAGUGUCGUCCAUCGCUCUGCCCAAACUACCCAUCUCCAUCUCCAACACGGACCUGAAGGUGGCGUCCGACACCAAGUUCUGCCCCGGGCUCGGCCUCGCUCUGGCCUUCCACGACGGCAGCAUCCAGAUCCUGCACCGCCUCUCUCUCCACACCAUGGGCGUAUUCUACGGUUCCUCCACUGGUCCGAGAACCGGAGACGAGUCGGCCAUCAAACGCCAGAGAACCGGAGGCCCCGCCAUCCACUUCAAGGCCCUGCAGUUCUCCUGGACCUCGCUGGCUCUGGCCGGGGUCGACAACCACGGCAAGCUGCACAUGCUGCGUGUCUCGCCCUCGAUGGGUCAGGUCCUGGAGAUGAACACGACGCUGCGCCACCUGCUGUUCCUGCUGGAGUACUGCAUGGUGACGGGGUACGACUGGUGGGACGUCCUGCUGCACGUUCAGCCCGGCAUGGUGCACAACCUGGUGGAGAAGCUGCACGAGGAGUACAUGAGGCAGAACCAGGCGCUGCAGCAGGUUCUGGCAACGCGCAUCGUGGCGGUGAAGGCGUCUCUCUGUAAACUCUCCCCGGCAACGGCGGCUCGAGCCUGCGACUUCCACGCCAAGCUGCUGCUGAUCGCCAUCAGCUCCACUUUCAAGUCCCUGCUGAGGCCGCACGUCCUCAACACUCCCGACAAGAGUCCCGGGGACCGGCUGACCGAGAUCUGCGCCAAGAACAUGGACACAGAUAUAGAUAAGGUGAUGAUUAACCUGAAGACGGAGGAGUUCGUGUUGGACGGCCCCCCCCUCCAGUCCCUGCAGCAGCUCAUCCAGUGGGUGGGAGACUUCGUCCUCUACCUGCUGGCCAACCUGCCCAACCAGGGCUCCAUGGUGCGGCCCGGCUUCGGCUUCAUGCGGGACGGGGCGUCUCUGGCGAUGCUGCGCGAGAUGCUGGUGAUGAUCCGGAUCUGGGGUCUGCUGAAGCCCGGCUGCCUGCCCACCUUCACCGCCACCUCGGACAACCAGGACAGCAUGCAGCUGCUGUUCAGACUGCUUACCCGGCUGUGGCUUUGCUCGCGGGAGGACGGCCCCCCCCAGGACCCCGAUGAGAGCCUGAUAGACGAGUGCUGCCUGCUGCCAAGUCAGCUGCUGGUCCCCAGUAUGGACUGGCUGCCGCUGAACGACGGCGUGAUGGUGAAGCUGCAGGGGAAGACGCCGCUCAGACUGCAGUUUGGGAAACCUUCCUCUGCGGGGGGGGGCACCGCCGGGCCCCUGGAGAUCUUCACCAGGAGUCCCAGCUCUCAGAAGAUGGAUCACCUGCGCUGCGUUCAUAUGGGCGUCUGUCCCACCGAGGAGAGCAAAGCCUGCACCAGGUGCGGCUGUGUGACGAUGCUCCGCUCUCCAAACAAGACAAGUGCCAUGAAGCAGUGGGAGCAGCGCUGGAUCAAAAACUGUCUGUGUGGAGGACUGUGGAGGCGGAUCCCUCCGAUUCUCACCUGAACGCAUCACCUGAACGCAUCACUGAAACCCGGACACGUCAUCGGACACGUCACACCUGUUUCAGGUUUUCUUCCUGUAAAUAUACUUUGUUUUGUAUUUUACUUUGUAAUAAAACUGUCAAAAUAAAAGCUCUGCUUCCUGUU